UGAUCCUUCACUCUCCGGCACCGAGCUGAAGACACCUGCCUCUCCGAGAAUAACACAGCGGCAGCAGGAGGAGGCUCAGGGAGCAGAAGCAAAGCGAGGAGACGCCGCUCUGUGCCAUCCACUCCGUCCUGCGAGAGGACAGGCUGCUGCGCUGCUUGGAGACCGCAGUUUGUUGUCGUUACCAGGAGAGAAAGCUGCUCCGCUUCUCAUUAAGCCGGGCUGCCCUCACAGAGAGCCACUUGCAUGGAUGCACCAUGGCCACGUUUGUCUGCAGGGUUCAGUUUUUAGAUGACACCGAUCCUUUCAACAGCACCAACUUUCCCGAGCCGACCAGACCCCCCCUGUACUCCUUCAGAGAGGAUAUCCCCCUCAUUAACCAGCUCGCAGGAGUCCACCGGCUCCUCAAAGCUCCGCACAAGCUUGAUGACUGUGCACUUCAGCUGUCCCACAAUGGAACCUAUCUGGAUCUGGAGUCCUCGCUGGCUGAGCAAAGGGACGAGCUGGAGGGCUUUCAGCAGGACGACACAGGGUCCAGAGGGAAGAAGCACAGCGUUAUUUUACGGACCCAGCUGACAGUCCGCGUCCACGCCUGCAUUGAAAGACUAUAUAACUCCAAUGGACGUGACUUGAGAAGAGCACUCUUCUCUCUAAAGCAAAUUUUUCAGGAUGACAAAGACCUGGUCCAUGAGUUUGUGAUGGCUGAAGGUCUGACGUGUCUCAUCAAGGUGGGAGCAGAAGCUGACCAAAACUACCAGAACUACAUAUUAAGAGCUCUCGGGCAGAUCAUGCUCUACGUGGACGGGAUGAAUGGCGUCAUUGGCCAUCCUGAGACAAUCCAGUGGCUCUACACUCUCGUUGGCUCGAAGUUCCGUCUGGUGGUGAAAACAGCUUUGAAGCUGUUGCUGGUGUUUGUGGAGUACUCAGAGUCCAACGCGCCACUGCUGAUCCAAGCCAUCACCUCUGUGGACAUGAAGAGAGGCAGCAAGCCAUGGUCCAAUGCUAUGGAGAUCUUGCAUGAGAAGGAUGGAGUGGAUACGGAGCUUCUCGUCUAUGCAAUGACCCUCAUCAAUAAGACUCUUGCAGCACUGCCCGACCAGGAUUCAUUUUAUGAUAUGGUAGAUGGUCUGGAGGAGCAGGGCAUGGAGACAGUUUCCCAAAGACACCUGGGGAGGAAAGGAACCGAUCUUGACUUGGUCGAGCAGCUUAAUAUAUAUGAGACGACCCUACGGCAUGAAGAUGGUGAUGAUGACAGCCAGCCUCCACCAAUGGUACGCCGGGACCGCAGGCGAGCCAGCCUCGGGGGCGGGGACAAAAGACAUGGCCUGGAGAGGAGGCGGAGCCGCAGGGCCUCUCUUGGACGAUCCGGUCACGCCUCGCCCUGCAGCCCCGCGUCCCCACAGAGAGCCGGCUUCCAACCUUUCAAUGGAAUCAGAUCUGAGGACGUGAGCGAGAGCCCCGCUAGACAUCUUCCAUCCACCGUUCAAAGAACAACCCUUCAGUCCAUCACCAUCACCUCCAGAAAGGAGUCUGUAAAGGAGACAGAGCAGAGGAACUGGAGUGAACCGACCCCAGCAACAACCACCACCAGCAUUUCCUCCCCCUCUACCCCAACCCUUUCUCCCACUGUGUCCUGCACUCCCAGUCCUCCAGGACAGCCCUCCCUCCUGGCCACACUGCUGGCCAGAAAAAAGUCUAUCGUCACUGUGCCAGCUACCAAGGAGGUGAGCCCGCCGUUGCGUGGCAGCUCGCGCCCCUCCCCCGACCGCCUGCCCUACCUGCCCCACUCGCCCUUCCACCUCUUCUCGUACGAUCUCAACGAGGAGCCGUCGCCCCCGAAGCCGAGCGAAGAGUCACCCAAACCAACGUCUCCCAGGAACGGAGCCCUGACGUCCUACUCCUCUCUCAGCACCCCGAGUACACCUACCAGCUCAAGACCUGCUCUGGGAGGCCUCCUGUCCUCGUCCUACCGUCAGCACCAAGAAUCUUUGGCAGCUGAGCGAGAGCGCCGCCGUGUGGAGAGAGAAGAGAGGCUACAGAAAAUAGAAAGAGAGGAGAGGAACAAACACAGCCGCGGCUAUGUGGAUAAAAUGGAAGAGGCCCGGCUCGCGCGGGAGGAGAGGUAUAAGAACGUGGAACGUCUGGCGGCGGAAGAGUACGAAAGGGAGCGCGCCAGGGUGUCGAGGAAUCAACCUGCCGUCGACCUGAACUUUGAACCCUCAGAAGCCUGGCCUCCGUCAUCAUCACGCAGCAGCACGCCGUCUUCCUUCGCCUCACAGGAGGACGCAGAGGCUGAGCUUGAAGCAGAGACUCCAACCGACGUUCCCUGCACUCCAUCUGAGACUGAAGAAGCCGACGACUUUAGUGCCAGUAUAGAAGCAGAGGAGAAAGAGGCAGAAGCCACUGCUGCUGAGGAGGAGGAGGAAGAGGAAGGACAGAAAGACGUGGAAGUAGAGGAGGAAGUGACAGAAGAAAAGGAAGAGGAAGAAGUUGAGGAACAGGCAGAGGAACCAGAGAAGGAGAGAGAGGAGGCAGAGGAGGACAGUGGCAUCCUGAGCGACAAGGAACGGCAGAAUGAGGAAGUAAACGAGAAGGACAACUGCUCAGCCUCCAGCAUCUCCUCCGCCAGCAGCACUCUGGAAAGAGAGGAGAGGGGCAGCAAUGAGAGCGGCUUUAAGGAGGCAGAGGUGAAUGAGAACUGCAACAAACUCCUCAACAGCAAACUCUUUAUGCUCGACAUGCUGUACUCCCAGAACAAGAAGCCCAGCGAUGAGGAGGAAGAGGAAGAUGUGGACAAGGAGAAGGAGAAGGAGGAAGGGGAGGGGGAGGACAAAGAGGCGCAGCAGGAUGCUAACAGGCAACCUGGGGAAGACCAAGAGAAGAACAGCAGGGACGAGAAGUCGGACCAUCGCGGCAGCAUCCGACCGAUCGCCGAGCGGUUCGGAGACUUGAUCAAGGACAUCGGCACGUCUCACGCUCACUUGGACGGCCCGGCCAACGAGCCCCCUGCUCCCCCGCCCAAAAAGGAAUCGGACACGAUCUGGGACCAGCUGCUGGCCAGCCCUCGAGAGCUGCUCAUCGGGGACAUCAACUUCACCGACCUCACAGAGGAAGACGACAAGGACAUCCUCGACGCCGUUUUGAUGGGGGGCUGCGGUGAGCUCCCGCCCCUGCCCCCGCCUCCGCCCUGCAUCCCCCGCUUCCCUCCACCCCCACCCAUGUUGGGCAGUUGCCCUCCCCCCCCACCCUUAUUUGGAAGCAUGAGGCCUCCACCUCCUCCUUCAUUUAACGCCCUAAUUCCAGUGCCUCCUCCUCCAGAGCCGCCUCUCUUUAACAAAAAGAAGAAGACAAUCAGACUCUUCUGGAGUGAGGUGCGUCCGACAGACUGUCAGUACAGGGACUACAAGAGGAGUGGAGAGUCAUUCUGGUCCAAACUGGAACCGGUGAAGUUGGACACAGCCAAACUGGAACACCUGUUUGAGUCAAAGUCAAAGGAAAUACCAGUUACAAAGAAAACAGCGGCCGAUGGCAAACGCCAAGAGAUCAUCGUUUUGGAUUCCAAGAGGAGCAACGCCAUUAAUAUUGGUCUGACAGUCCUGCCUCCACCUCGCACCAUCAAGACAGCCAUCCUCAACUUUGACGAGUAUGCUCUCAACAAGGAGGGCAUAGAGAAAAUCCUGACGAUGAUCCCCACAGAGGAGGAGAAGCAGAAGAUUCAGGAGGCUCAGCUGGCCAACCCUGAUGUCCCGCUGGGCUCUGCAGAGCAGUUUCUCCUCACCCUGUCCUCCAUCAGUGAGCUCUCUGCCAGACUCCAGCUCUGGGCCUUUAAAAUGGACUACGAGGCAACGGAGAAGGAAGUAGCAGAGCCACUGCAGGAUCUGAAGGAGGGUAUGGAUCAGCUGGAGAAGAACAAAACUAUCCGCUACGUCCUCUCUACGCUGCUCUCCAUCGGAAACUUCCUCAACGGCACCAGUGCUAAAGGUUUUGAGCUGACCUACUUGGAGAAGGUUCCAGAAGUGAAGGACACGGUCCAUAAGCAGUCACUGCUCCAUCACGUCUGCUCUGUGGUGGUGGAAAACUUCCCUCAGAGCACCGACCUCUACUCCGAGAUAGGAGCCAUCACGCGCUCUGCAAAAGUGGAUUUUGACCAGCUGCAGGAGAACUUGUGUCAGAUGGAGCGGCGCUGCAAAGCCUCGUGGGACCACCUGAAGGUGAUUGCCAAGCACGAGAUGAAGCCCCAGCUGAAGCAGAAGAUGUCCGACUUCCUCAAAGACUGCGCAGAGCGAAUCAUCAUCCUCAAGAUUGUUCACCGCAGGAUCAUCAACAGGUUCCACUCCUUCCUGCUGUUCCUUGGUCACCCGGCCUACAGUGUGAGAGAGAUCAGCGUCCACAGGUUCAGUAAAAUCCUCAGCGAGUUUGCGCUGGAGUACCGGACCACCCGAGAGCGCGUGCUGCAGCAGAAACAGAAACGAGCCGACCAUCGCGAGCGCAACAAGACCCGAGGAAAGAUGAUCAUGGAUGUAAACACUCCUUCUGAUGAUGAAGAGGAGCGUGAGUGUGGUCGGAGUAGCGCAGGGAGCAACAACAGCGCCCCCAGUGGGGGUCAGGAAAUUGAGCAGCCUCAGGGUUUGGAGCAUGCCGAGGAUGCUGCAGAGCACGAGCACAUGAAAGCGGUGCUGAGAACCAGUCUCAGUGGCAGUGACAAGGAGGGCAGCGGCGUGCCGGGACUGCGGACACGGACCAGGUCACGGCCUGGACGAGGAGGACGCAGCAUGCAGGCAUGGACUCCGCCUGUGGAGGACACUCAGAUCUGUGGAGAUGAUGCUGCAGACGAAAUCAUGGAGCGCAUAGUGAGGUCGGCCACUCAGGGUCCAGGAACCAGAACCCAGCCCAGAGAGAGGAGGAGGUCCAGGGCCAACCGCAAAUCAUUGAGGCGGACGCUGAAAAACGGCCUGACGCCAGAAGAAGCUCUUGCUUUAGGGCUAACUGAUUCCCCAGAGCCACAGAUGUGAUCAUCCACCUCUCGCCGUGGAAACUCAGCUUCAGAUGUCUGUGUGAAAUCUCUGUCAGCCUUUGUCCCUUUAGGUUUUUCCCAGUGGCUCUUUCUGCCUGAUGUUUCUGAGUGAAGAGGCUGCAGCCAUUACGACAUUUUCACCUUGCAGAAGAAACAGUGGAGGUAACGAGGGAAUGCUUCUCGUAAGGACUGAUUAUAUUCAGUUAGGCAAGGAAAAGGAAAAUGUAUUCAAGUGACGCUGCCUCUACACUGAAUUAUUUAUUUAUCUGAAAAGAUUUGAAUGCUGGGAUGGUUUUCGCUUGUGAGUGUCCGCAGCUGUGACGUCACCUUCUUUUCUUUUUUUUCCAUUUGUUUAAACUGUGAAUUUUGGUUGUGAAGUUUGCCGGGCCGAGGAUGAAUUUGAAUUUGUUCCCAGGAGAAAAACAAAAGAUGCUCAGUAAGAGCAUCUACACAUCUGAAAAGUAAUGAGCGUGGCUGUGCUUUUGUAGGGACGCAAAAGGUUAUCAAGCUGAUGAGUGCCUUUCACUUAAAAGGGGCGAUGCUGUACCUUCGUUCUCUCUUCGUUAACGUAUUCACGUCCUAAAUUUCACCAAGGCAUGGUUCUCAUGAGUAUUACUGUUGAAAACCUUCUCUGUUUUGUUUGUUUUAUGUUUUUUUCAGUAUUUAUUUGCAAAGCUCUGACGUCUUGCACCUUAAAUAACAUUAAAGUGGACCCAUUGUGCUCAUUUCCCACUCCAUAUUUUUAGUUUUUUGGCUCCGCUAGUUUAAAAGGAAUCCUCUUUAAUCUUAACACAAGCUGUUUUAACUCCCUCCCCCUCCCUUUAAGCCAACUCUUUUCUGAUUGACUUUCUCUUAAAAACAAAAGAUUUGACCAUAUUAGGGAUAUCUGCUCUCAUUGAUCAUAGAGAGCCACGAGUAGGAAAGAAAAAAGGCUCAGUUUGAAGUGUGUGGCUCACGGGGUUACUGCAUAUAUGCUGACCCGCCCACUUGAAACUGCAUACGCCAGUGUAACAGUGUAUAUUUGCCAGAAAAUGAGGAAGAGCACAGUAAGUCCACUUUAAUAGAGUCUCAUGCUGAAAUGAACGACUGAUUGAAAACACACAAAAAAUAGUUUUUAUCUCAGAGGAACUGUUUGUAAAGUGUAAAAAGAAAAAAAAAGAAAUGGACUUUUUUAAAAAAACAAACAAAACAAAAACAUUUUAAUAAUCUAUUUUGAAGAACAUGCAGACAGUUCUGUAUGAUAUGUGUAAAUGCCCUUGUCAGCUGCCAGGUCCUAAAUACUGUAAACUCUACAGUGUGCAUGUUUAGUGCAGUUCACAUUGUGUAUUAUUUUUGUAAUUGCUGUAGAAACUUGUAUUAUAGUCUGAGACAAAGGAUCAAUUGUGGCUUGUUUUUUCUUUCUGUGAAUUGAAGAAAUGUGUUGCUCCCUGCUAAGAGAGAGAGAGAGAAACCGAGAGAGAGGAGCAUUAUCUGGACGUUUGAUUUGAGCUCUGUGGUCACACUCUGUCACGUACCAACUUGAACAGUCUAGACGCAAGAAACUGGGAAACACCACUGCAUGAAUGCCAUGUAGUGAGCUGAACGUUCUUAUAAACACUUUCACUUGAAAUGCCGUGUAUACACAAUCUGCAAUAAAAAAAAAUAAAAACCAUAGAGUGCAAACAAGGAGCUGCGUGUCAUUCCUUUCCCCAGCGUUCACC